UGUGGCGGGAACUGGGGGUUUUCGCCGAUUCUAAAUUGUUCAUUCGUUUCGGUUUCGGAGUUUCUUCUGAAUGCGUUGUGUCGUUUAUGUUUCUUUUGCGAUUUGCGUUUUGGAUAUUCGGUGCCGCGUUUUGGUGUGGCGUUUGCGUGUUUUUUGGUACACUGGAGUUUACGCCUUUUGAGAUCCCUAUUGGGGACCCAUUUUAGGGUUUUCUUCUGUUGGGGUUUGGGACUCUGCAAUGCUUUGCGAUUUGGCUUUCAAUUGGAAGGUGCGGGUCUUUGAGAAGAACUGAGGUUCUUACCCAAUGCCUCUUCUAAGGAGAAAGCCUUUUGCCUUGGCUGAGCCCCCUGAGGAAUUGAAGCCAGACGAGCUUGUUUACCAAAUUCGAUUUACAAAAGAAAUCUUUCGAGAUUAUCCUGAUUAUUUGAAGCGAUUGAAUCAAUACCGUCAGAGGGUUUGGAUGUGUAAAGUCACUGGAAAAACUGGCUUGACUUAUGAAGAGGCCAUAGUGUCUGAACAACAUGCUACUGAGAAAGUUCAACAGUUUCCUAAGGAAUUAAUGACUACUGCUUUAGGGAUUAUUCAAUACAGCACGCUCCCUUUGAAGGAUCUUGCUGAUUCUAUUGGUGAAAAAUUGCAGAAACGUUUGUUUGUCGGUGCUGAACUACAUGGGAAAAAGGGUGAUGAAGUACAUCCAUGCAGAAUAUUAAAAGUAAUUCAGAAAGGAGUUGACACAUUCUGUUAUGAGGUAGCUUGGCUUGACAAAAACAAAAAUAUAAGUGAACAAGCUGAACUCUGUGCAGAAGAUUUGGUGCAUAAGAAGCCGCUUUUUAGUAGAAAUAUUUUGAAGUCUUUCAUUCGGGAAUCUACAUGCCAGAAUGCCCCAUGGGUUUUACAUGAUGAACUAGCAAAAAGUUAUGGAAUAUCAACUGACAUUCCUGAAGAAUUAAGAGGGAGGGUUUUUUACAGAGAUGGACUUCUAAUUUGUUCCAAGAAAAGGAAAAAUGAGGAAUCACUGGAAGACACUGAUAACAGUAAAAGGAAGAAGUUGGAUGGGGCACAAGUUGAUGAUUCUUGCCAAGAGAAAGAAAAUGCUCAACAGAAGAAUGAAGCUAUCAAAUACCCAAUUGAUGAUCUCUUGGUGAAACCUGGUCCGGAUGAUCCUGUUUUCACUGAUCGUCCUUCUCCAUCAAAAGACUUCAACAUUCCAAUGAGUUGUGUUGGGGAUCUCUUAAUGGUUUGGGAUUUGCUUAAUUCCUUUGGUCGACUGUUGCACCUGUGGCCUUACUCUCUAGAAGAUUUUGAAAAUGCAAUCUGUCAUAAGGAUAGCAAUGUGGUUCUCCUUGUGGAAUCUCAUGCAGCACUUUUUCGAUUUCUCAUCAAAGAUGAUGAUGAAUACUCUUCGGCUGUGAAGAACCGAAAGUUAAAGUCUAAGAUUACAAUGAAUAAUUGGACUGAAUAUUUAUGCUAUUUCCUAGAGGUGAUCAAUAUUCCUGAACUGCGGCACCAUGAAGCAACUAUAAAACGGGGACAUUAUGGCCUUGUAGAUGUCAGUGCCAAAUUAGAAAUCUUAUCCAAAUUGGUCAACCAAGCCCUUGAAACUGCAAUUUUCAGGGAAAAGUUAGAUGAGAUUAUUGAACAGCGGCAGGCACUUGGGGCCUCUAGAAGGGAAGAAGCAUUGGAAAAGGGUAGGAGGAGAAGAGAAGAAAAGGAGCGGUUGAAAGCUGAGUCCAGAAGCAAUGGAUUUGUGGAUGGGCUUCUGAGUGGUGCUAAAGUCCCAACGAAUGAUAAUCAUGGUAUACAAAAUGGAGACAUGGAUGAGAAAAGUCUUAUAGAGGUAGAACCAACUGGGCAAAACAGACAAUUGGAUAGAAGUGAGAUCAAGCCUUUAAAUUCUGUUUCAAAAAAGACGCAUAAGAAGCUAAAUUCAGAGCUGAAAGAACCAACUAAAAAUGGAGACAUGGAUGAGAAAAGUCUUGUAGAGGUAGCACCAACUGGGCAAAACAGACAAUUGGAUAGAAGUGAGAUCAAGCCUUUAAAUUCUGUUUCAAAAAAGACCCAUAAGAGGCUAAAUUCAGAGCUGAAAGAACCAACUAAAAAUGGAAAAGAAUUGUCCAGAAAGGAAUCACCAAAACAGUCGAAAGCUGAUAAGGAGGAUCUGUCAGAGAAGAAUAGUGAAGAACAGAGGAAAGAAUAUUUCGAAAAGGAGAUGGAGAAACGAUUUGUUCGUAGAAGUCCUUUAGGUAAAGACAGAGAUUACAAUAGGUAUUGGUGGUUCCGUCGAGAUGGGAGGAUAUUUGUUGAAAGCUCUGACUCCAAGGAAUGGGGAUACUACAGCAGUAAGGAAGAGCUCGAUGCAUUGAUGAGUUCACUAAAUUGCAAGGGUGAGCGGGAAAGGGCACUGCAAAAGCAACUACAAAAAUAUUAUACUAAAAUAUGCUCAGAACUCCAGAAAAGGUCAAAGGAUUUGAUGCACAGGAUUAUAGAUGAAUCUGUACUUCGUAGGUCUACUCGUGUUAGAGCUCCACCUAGACAGAAUCCUGCCAAUGCUUUCCUCAGAUAUAUUAACAAGUGGAAAGAAGAAUAGGCUGUGCUAGGAGCAAAUACAGUAAAACUUGGAACUUUAAAAGGAGCGAGUUUGAUCCAUUGCGUUGACAGUAGUAGAGACUAAGUAGUUUUCCGCUCCAUUUUUUGGUGAUGGACAAGCAUGUAUGUAUGCUUGUUUCAGAAAUUUUGUACAUUACUUAUUAUAUUCUUCAAUAGUAGCUGAAACAGGUAUAAGA